AUGCAAUCAUACAAAGGAUCCGAUUUCCUGGACGCCGGGACCUUGUCCCGCUCGCGCAGCACCAGUCUCUCGAGCACCAGUCUCUUGAGCGACUCGCAAAACCCCCGAGUCAAUCUCAUGUCGCCGCCGUCGGUUCGCCCGCCGCCAGGCUUCAUCUCUUCUUCCGCUGCCUCCGAGAUCAUCACCUCCGACCAAGAAUUCAACGCCGCCGACUUCGUCGCCGAGAAUGAAGAGACAGGCGCUGGCGCAAAUGCGCUCGUGACGCCUGCUGCGCUCUCACUCCUCAAUGGCUUCCUUGACAAUCUGUUAUUUAAUAUCCUAGCCGCCUCUAAAUCCACCCAACUCGCUUGUAUCCGACCGGCCUUGGCGGACGUGCUGAAGCCUCGCCUCGCCUCGGAGGUCGUCGCAACCGCCGACGAGGAAUUGAGCGAGUACAUGGGGGGAGCCGAGGAUGAGCAGACCGAGUUUCGCGGUGGCCAGGAGCCAGGUGGGGAUUUCGAUUUGAUUCGUUCCUGGAAAUUGACCCGGCUCCGCUGUAUGGUCUAUACGCGGUUGGGUGAUAUGGAGGAGGAAGAUGAGGACGAAUACAUAGCCCAGGAGGGUCUGGGCGAGAGCGACGGUGCACCACGCAGGUUCUCCAGUCAUGUAGACAACAUCACGCCCGCAGCAGCGAUUUUCCUGACCUCGAUUAUUGAACACAUUGGCGAACGUGCUCUCGUCAUCGCCGGCGAAACCGCACGCUCCCGCUUAUCCGCGAAGCUAAAUGACGGCCAGCAAGAUGAUGCCGAAUCGGAUGAGGAUCGCAAACGGAUUGACCGACUAGUAGUGGAGGAUCUUGAUAUGGAAAAGCUAGCCCUCAAUGCGACCCUCGGGCGGCUGUGGCGCACGUGGAGAAAACGCAGACGCAACACGACUCUCUCGCGAACUCUAUCGCGGGAAUCUUUCCGCCGCCGUGGCUUCUCUCUGGCGAAUAGCCGCAAGAGCAGCAUCGCGACUAUCGAAGAGCCCGUUACCCCCCAGGACCCUCUGCCUGAAGAACUCCCCGUUCAGGUGGACCCGACCACUGUGCCUUUGCCUAUGACCGAUUAUGAUGUGCAGGAAAUCGAGGUGCCCGGGUUUUCGCCCGAGUUGGAGGGCGAAGUCCAGACGAUGGAGGCUAUUGUAGCCCUCAAGGUGCGACCGCGCAGCUUGAUGGUGUUUUCUUCACCAUCCCUCGUACCCAGGUCCCCCGGUUCGAGCAACGGAUCCCCGGUAAGCGCCGGAGCCAUUGACAACAAGACCCUUGGCCAUGCUCGCUCGAGAUCUUUGCCAAAUUCGCCGGCUAGAUCAUCGCGUGAGGUGCAGCAGCAACAAGCAGCACCCGCCACAGCCGAUCAACCUUCCCCGAGUGGCUCGGAGAAGAAACAGCUGGAAACCAUGUACGAAGAUGACGAAUCCGCGGAAUUUGUGGAUGCUGCUGAGUCUGCCCCUAGCGUUGAGGUCAUCACGUCGCACGAAGGUAGCGAACAGCCUGUGGUGGAAUCUGCAGAGAAGGAAAGAAUAUCUGUUGUGCAGGAGGAAGAAGAGCAGUCGGGUCCAUCCGUUGGGGAAACUGUGUUAUCCUUGCGGUCCAGUCUCGAUGAAGAAGACGGAGCAAGUGAUCGGUCGCAUAGUCCUUGCGUAUCGGUCGCCUCCAUGGCUGAUCAGCCCUCCAAGGAUCCUGAAGUGAUCGAAGGGCGAGGGAUGUGUGAGAAGCCCAAAUUGACAUCGACCAUUCAAAGACCCAAACGGAAGUCCAGUAGGGACCCUGCAGUGUUUAAUGCAAAGCCGAUCAUUGCAGCAACUAGUGAGCCCGACAUGCAGCCUGUCGUGGAGAAGCCGCCAGCCACGCAAGGGGCUGCAUCCACGCCCGCACAACCCGCCGCCACAAUCGAAGCUAUCGAGUCUCUUCGCGGCGAUGAUGAUGUUACUGAUGGCGACCUGAAUAAAUCGACCAUGUCUUCAACGCCUGCAUCUGCCCCUUCUACUGAUGUGGUGAUGCCCGAGAAUUCUCAACAACCCAUCGUUGACGCAUCGGCCGUACAGCAACCAACUGUCGAAGAUCCUCCAGUAGACAAAGAAGUUAUCGAAUCGCCUACAGUCCAAGAGCCGGUCAUUCAAGAACCUGCAGUACAGGAAACGACUACUCAGGAACUUCCAGCUCAGGAGCCAGUCGUCCCAGAGCCUAAAGUACAGGAGCUUGCCGUCCAAGAGCCCACAGUAGCGCCAGACUCUCCUCGCCCAGCAUCGGCAACAGAUAGCGAGCACUCGCACCGGUCUCGCCGUCACAGACCGAGCCCGUUGGUAGUUACACCCAACAAUCGCAGCUCUGCAGGAGUCGAGCGAGCAGCCGUUCAGCGCAUGCCUGCACGCCCAACAAAUUCGGUCGCGUCUACAGUGCCAAUCAAAUCCCGCCGGUCUGAGAGCUUCGGUAGUGCUCGCGACAAGCGUCCAGUCACCGCUGGGUCUACUACAUCGCAGGUGUCCAGCAAACUGAAAGGUCUCAUGACUCGCCCACAGGCUGAGUCCCCUACACUUCGGCUGCGCAGUUCAUCCGACACAAGCCGGGCGUCUGGCAGUGCUGAUUCCUUGGAAAACGACACCACGGACCUGGACAAGUUGAUCAAUAGUGACGAGACUAUUCAUUUCACAUUGACGCCGCGCAGUGUGAGAGAGAUGACUUUCCCCGAUUUGCCUCGCCCAAUUCCUCGCUCCGAUACGGCCAACACCUCGGAUCUUGCUGAGUUUAUCAAGAAUACUGGUCCGCCCGGAGACGAACGCCGUGAACGAACGUCUAUGUCUUCUUUGAAGCCCACUGGUGAAGCGAGCCCCAUUAGCAAGUCAAUUGAAUCACCCAAGCACAUUCCCAUCUCUUCGCGAAUGACCAUAUCGCCAUCAAGGUCGUCGAUUGGUGCUCAGGCGCGGGAUGCUCGCUCAACAGCUGGCUCGACCCGUGAGUUGGCCGACUUUAUGAAGUCAACUGGCCCUAAUGGCGUGCCUGUCCAUCAACCUAAUUCUCCUUCUGAGUCGACACGGCCGCCUCGUCCUCCAUCAAGCUUCUCCACCCGCACCAACAAUACAACUCGUUCGAACCCCAACCGCCCGCGCCUACAGGCUCGUUCCGCUGAAACCAAGGGCUCUCAAACCUCGGAAUUAAUUGAUUUCAUCCGCGAAGGGCCACCGCAGCCUGGUGCGCAUCGUAUCCCUCGCACUGUGGCGCCAUUCCGCAACACCAUUGAUUCGGACGAUCUUCAAUUUGAUACUAUUCAACACGAGAAGAGUCAUACUACCCAAAGCUCGCUGGCCAGCACUCGCGAUGGGUCUACGCCAAACAAGUCGCUGACUUCCCUUGGCUCUCGGACUGGCCUAUUAGAUUCAUCAGCUCGCCAGCCCAAGGCUACGCCGUCUUCUAGUACAAAAAUGCAGGACGGCCCUCAGCCCGUCCGAAAGCAGUGUCGGGUUCCGGAUCCAUAUGCCAUUGACGACGAUGACGAUGAUCUGCUCGAGGAACUCAUCAACGCCAAGCCUCAGCGCGAGGAAGAAAGUUUGAUUGACUUCUUACGGAGUGCUCCUCCACCAGAUUUUGAACAGACCCCUCAACCAUCAAGUGCCAGAGUGAUUCCUUCGUCUGGCAUGAAAUCCCGACUCAUCCGUAGCUCCACUGCCGACAAGUCCCCUUCAUCCAAGAUGUCAAUCAGUUCCCUUCGCUCUCAGAGCACCCUCAACACACAAUCAAAUUACUCCUACAAGGUCGGCAUGGAGCGCAAUCCAGGCACUAUCCCAUCUGCCACACACCGGCAAACCGAUACCAGCGCGCUGGCUGAGUUUCUCCGCAACACUGGUCCCCCAGAGGCACCAGUAACCCGUGCAGCCCCCAGCCCGAAGGUGAAAGAAAGUACCUUCUCGCGCUUCUUUGUGCGCCGGAAGAAGGUCGAGGCCUAA